CAGUGAUCUCGAUUCCCAGCGCUUAGUGCAAUCAUAUCAGCGUCUAUCGUGCCGACUCCAGCCCUCGACCACAUGGAAAUACACGUGCAGCGUGGCCUGAACCCUCAACCUCAUCUCUCUCUCAGCCGAACUCCAUCUACAGUCCGACUCAUUCCACCCACCCUCUGCCUUCUCCUACUGCUCAUUUUGAACCUAUCUCAAUUUCUGAUGCUGCGUGUCGUUCGUUGUUUGUUUCAUCCCACAAUCACACGCAGUAGCCUAGAAGAACGAUAUAUCAGACUUGAAGUGAUCAGUGGAAAGGAUCUUCGAGUCCCCUCCUGGCGCAUUCCUGCCGGUAUUUACGUGUCCGUCGAUGUCGACUUGAGGAGACGCUGGAAAUCGGCCAUCGGUGUCUUAUCAUCCGAUAAAUCUGUAGCGUGGGCGGAUACUAUAACUCUACCAUCACAUUCCUCACCUGCAUUGUCAGUGGAGAUCAGGGCGUCCUAUGAGCUUGAUCGAAUGCUAGGCGGUGGAGAGGUCAUCGGGGAACUUCAAAUGCCGUGGGAUGAGGUACUCGAUCAUGGAGAUGAGCCAUUCGAUCUAUCCUUCCCAGCCGUGCACGGUGUCCAACCUUCCAUCACACUGAAGGUUACCAUUGUACAUGCUUGCGACGAUGAAAACUGCGCACUGUUCGAUUCCCUCGUAGACUGCGAAAUUGCUCGAGAGACAGAUGUGGGCUACGCACGACUUGCGAAAUACGUGAGAAGUAGGAGGGUCUCUGACUUGAAUGAUGCUGUAAAGCAUUUUCAAUUGGUUCUGAACCAAUGUCCGGUCGGCCAUCCAGACCGCGCAACGGCUCUCACCAACCUCGCUUGGGUUCUCCUCAAAGGCUACAUCCGAAACGAUGUCGAAGACAUUGAUACUACCACUUCCCUCUUCCGCGACGCCCUUGCAUUGCGUCCGCAGCACCAUCCCGAUCAUCCCUUAUCACUAUAUAACCUCACUGAAGCGCUGACUUGGCGCCACUCCAGGACACGUACUGCUCGUGACGUCCACGAAGCCGCCCAACUCUAUCAUGAGCUACUGCCUCUAUGUACAGAGGGCACGUACCUCCGUAGCAUCACAGCAGGAAAAAAUGGUGUUGAUUAUGUAAUCGACGAAUGUAGCGAUCUUCCAACAGACGCAUCCGAUGAAGCCAUCCACCUUCGAAGAGUCGUGCUCGAGCUCUGUCCUGUGGGCCAUCCACUUCGUCCCAGAACCCUCGACGAGCUUGCAGGAGCAGUUAAAGCACGGUUUGAUCAGCACGGCAGCAUCGAUGAUCUUGACACGAGCAUACAGCUUUGUCGUGAAGCCGUGUCUCUGUGUCCUGAGGGACAUGCUGACCGUGAUACCUACCUGAACAACUUGGCUCAUUCACUCAUGUCCCGCUUUAAGCACCAAGGCAAUACUAGUGAUCUCGACGAAGCCAUCUCUUUGUAUGAAGCAGCACUGCACAUGUGCCCUAUUGGGCACGAAUCUCGUGAUUGCUCACUGGACAACCUAGGGGGUGCCCUCGUCGACCGUUUCAACGAACGCGGUGACAUUGAUGAUAUUACACGAGCCAUCAGUCUUUAUCACGAGGCCCUGACGUUGUGCCCGCCUGGGCAUCCACGUCGUGACACCACCCUUAACAACCUUGCACUCGCGCUCCAAAACAGAUAUGACAAAUCGCAAGUUAGCGAGGAUCUCAACGAAGCUAUUGAUCAGUAUCGCGAUUCCCUUCGGUUAAAGCGGCUUGACAAUCCAGAGCGCCAUAAGACUCUUUUAAAUUUGAGCUCGGCGCUCUGCUCUCGUUUUACGCAAACUCAGAAGACCGAAGAUGUCGAGGAGGCCAUUACCAUUUGUCAAGAAUCAUUGGCAGCUCUGUCUUCACUACACCCGGGCAGGUUUUUCAGCUACGGGUGGCUGCAGGAGGCCUAUCUGUCUCGUUACCAGAUUUUCCAUGACCCUGCUGAUUUGUCGCUUGCAAUGGAGAACUUCAGACUCGCAUCAAGACAUUCUACUCAAGGGUUCCCAGAACGCAUCAUUGAUGCAUUUAAUUGGACCGUUGCAGCGGAGCAGCAUGGUCAUGGAUCCGCGCUGGAAGCCUACUCGACAUUUUUUGAGCUUCUGGAUGCUCAUUUGGCAACACGGUCUUCGGCAACUUCACGACGCGAAGCUGCUGCUGCCUUCAAUGGUGUCAGAUCGCUGCCCGUAGAUGCAGCAUCGUGCGCUAUCCGCAAUGGCAAUCUACGGCACGCAGUCGAACUCGCAGAGCAGGGUCGUGGGCAGCAAUGGUCGCUGGCAUCUCGACUCAGGACACCAGUUGAAGACCUCGAGUCAGCAAAUCCGGCACUAGCGCACAGUUAUUUAGAGCUGAGCAAGCUCGUUUCCAAUGCCGCACAGAGUUCUGCGACAAUCAGCGACAGAGCUGCUGCUGAUCGGGCAGCAACAGAAUAUAGGAGACUUACAAGGCAAUGGGAAGCUGCAGUCGCUGAAAUACGUGACCUUCCGGCGUUUUCGCGGUUCCUACUCCCACCUCUGUAUGCAGACCUACAAGCGGCAGCGCGCCAGGGCCCAGUCAUCAUCCUCGUUGCGAGUCAAUACUCAUGUAGCGCCGUCAUCGUCCCGACGUCAGGAGACCCCCAUCAUGUUCCCUUGCCGUCUGUCGCUCUCGCAGAUCUGACCAAUCUCAAGGAUCGCUUCGCCAGGGCAAUACGACACGCAUCUGCCCUGGGCCCAAAAGUGCCGCGAAACGAUCUAAUAAUCCUCUUGCGGACAGUAUGGGACGAGAUCAUGCUACCCAUCGUCAACGUCCUCCGGCAUGACCUCACACUAAAAUACUACUCUCGAAUCUGGCUUUGUCCAACGGCAGCUUUCACCUCCAUUCCUCUCCACGCAGCUCACCCGUUUCGAACCAACCCAGAUGGCUCUAAGGAGCCGUGUCUGGAGGAUCUCUACAUGUGCUCUUACACCCCGACACUUUCGGCUCUGGUCAGAUCUAGACAGAUGAUGAAGAAGCGUAUCAUUCCUUCCUUCGUGACAAUCGGACAGGGUCAACCGGGUGCAGGGAAAGGGAAGGCGCUCUUGACUGUUGACAGCGAGCUCGAGCUUGUCCAUAAGCUCGUCCCUGCGACGGCCAAACACACUAGUAUUUCUGGAGAUGCAGCCACACGAGCAGGUGCGCUCGAAGCUUUGGAGCAGAACACCUGGGUGCACCUAGCUUGUCAUGGCAAGCAGGACCCAAAGCAGCCUUACAAUUCACAUUUCGUCAUGAGAGACGAAAAUCUGACGCUGCUCGAUAUCAUGGAAAGAGAUAUUCCUCACGCCGAGUUCGCGUUCUUAUCAGCAUGUCAUACCGCCGUCGGGGAUGAAGAGACUCCCGACGAAGUGAUUCACCUCGCGGCUGGUCUCCAGUUUUCAGGGUUCAAGAGCGUCAUUGGGACGCUGUGGCAGGUCGACGACUCUGUUGCAAAACACAUCGUCAAAGCCUUCUAUGAGAAUAUGUUCAGAGGUUCGAAGGAUGGUGGUGUGAUGGACUGUACAAAGGCGGCCUGGGCACUCAACCGUGCUACGCACGCUGUGAAGACGAAAGUUCCGCUGGAGCAGAGGAUGGUUUUCGUUCAUAUUGGUGUGUAGUUUCACGUCGUGUUCCUAUCGCCUGGUACACAUAUACAAGCUGUUGAUAUGCGAUCUGUUGUGAAAAUGACUCUGAUAUCAUGUUCUUGCGCUCUAGCUAUCUUAUUUUCGUAUACUUUGUUAUCUCUUCAUCGACUAGAAUGUUGACUAAAGUUCUUGUGUACUCAACUCGUUUACAGAGUCGUCUUCUGCCUGACUCGGCUCGAGUACUUAGAUUUCAGGAAAUUAAUUAGACCAGUCGAGCAUACUACUUAGUCAUAUUAGAUCCUUCAAGUUUCUAGCGUUAAAUCUUUCUG